ACGGGACCCGCUGGCACCCCGAUUGUGCUCCGCUCUCAUCAUUUCUGGAGGUGUAAGGACAAAAGAAGAAGAAGAAGAAGAAGAAGAGGAGGCCCGGGAUCUGGGUGUCGUGACGGGCCCCCCGACUUCGCCGCCGCUCGGUUCGGGGUUGUCUGGACUCGGAAGGCUGAGGAGGGGGAAGCGCGGCGGAGCGCUCGGCUCCAGGCUGGGGUUUCCUGCCACAGCAGCGGGAUUGUCACAAAACAGCCUUUCACUCUCCGUGGGGCCUUGUGUCGCUGCGUUGCCAGACCGAUCUCUGAGGGGAAACGCGAACGACGUCCGUGCGUGGAUUUACUGACCACACCAACUGGAUUUGAUGGAAUCUCAAGUGGAAUAAAUGGAUUACCCCUAUUUUGGCAAACCGCUGCUGUGGAACAGUUUAACGUUAAAUGACGGAUGACCAAGAAAGGCAAACGUGAAUGCUGAAGGCGUGUGAGAGAGCAGAGAGGAGUCUGAACACAGUCAGAAAAAGAAAAAAAAAAAGCACUGAAAAAGAGACCAAAUGCAUCUGCAGGCCAAAUGAGUGCCUGUUAUAGACACUGACAGAUCUCCCCCCCCCCCCUUUUUUUUUCUCCCUCAAAUCUGAAAUCGGGCGGGAAAGAAAAAUGCAGAAUUUCUCCAACAGCCCGGCUCCACCCACAAUCCCUCCUGGGUUCAGCGGGAGGAGCGUGGGUGGCUCGCCGUAUCCCCCUCUGCCGGUGGAGCCCCAGAUCUCUCCGAGGAUGACGGAAGAGUACGUCGGGUUGCAGCAGCAGAGCAUUCACAGAGGCCACCACCACCCGAGUCAGGCCAGCCACAUGCUGGCGUACGGCGCGAGGAACCGAGGCGCGUUGGAGCCGACGCAGGGCGGCGUCCACACCGGCAACAACAACAACCCCUACAGGAAGGAGGCCAUGGAUUAUUAUUUUUCAAUGUGUGGAAAAGACAGACACAGGAGGGGAGGCAUGGCUUACGGGGGAGGUUUUGGCUACCCCGGUAUUGACGGACAUUUACCCCACCAGUAUCGCCAUGCUGGAUCCGGCUCCGCCGCGUCAUCUGGCCUGAUGUCCCCGUACCCGGUGGAUUACGGCUCUGCUGCCGGUUCGGUGGGGACUGCCGGAGCCUUCUCUCCCUCUCACCAGUACAAUUUGAACCAGAACCCCGUGAUGCAGUCCGUUCCAGGUUCUCAGAUGCAACAGCGCCAGCACGGGCAGAGCUUUCCUCCUGUCCACCAUGCACAGCAGCAAAGAAGCUACCAACACUCCGGGCACAGGAUGACCCCACAGUACCCUCAUUACUCUCCGCAGGGGGGAGCAUCCACAGGGUCGUCUGGAAUGUACAGCCCACCUCCCCACAAAUAUGUGGACGGAGCGGCAAACACCAGCUUUGAUGCGAAAGUCAACAGUUCCCCAAGUGUCAACGCUAGCUCCAACUCGGUCUCUGGUGCAGGAGCAGCUAACAACGUGGGGCCAGUGGAGAGCGUCCAGCAGAAUUACCCAGCUUCGAAUUAUUCUGGAUACCUCCCCCAGGCUCAUUCACUCCACAAGCAGGCCACACUACAGCACAGAAACUCGCAGCACAGUUCAGGGGUCGGCCAUGACGGUUCUCUAAAAAUGCCUCACCAGGGCCCGUCUCCGGGUGCUGUUUAUGCGAAACAUCAUCAGGCCCCCAACCCAAGCAUAGCUCAGCCAUCCCCCCAAGAAAUAGCCAAAUCCCCAAUGCAUUCGAACGCGCAGCAAACUCACAUGAACCAAAACUUUAGCCCGAUAUCCAACCCCUCCCCUGCUGCCUCGGCGGUUCACUCCCCCAGCUGUAGCUCCUCUCCCUCGCCGCUAAUGGGGGUUUCUGAGGCACCUGGAAGUGCUUCAAAUCACGGCCCCCCCAUGACGGGCGCCCGUAGCAGCCACGGUAGGUUACUGCAGACCGCGCCCCAGUUAAGCCCCACACCCAACUCCAACAGCAGCAUCAGUAGUUGCGGCAGCAGCGGAAGCCAAAAAGCUCACAGCCUGAGCGCUGUCGGAGGGAGCAAUCUACCUCCAGUGGGUCGAAGUAAAAUGAGCCAGGGGUCCCGAGAGGAAGGCGCCUCCGUUUAUUCCACUUCCUCUCUUGACCGAAUGCAGGAUGCCGGCCUGAAUAGUCUCAGCGCCUUGAGCUCCCAGGUGGCCAACCUGCCGAACACAGUCCAGCACAUGCUCCUCACCGACACCGUGUUCUCGCAGAAGAAGAGGGACGGCGGGCAGACGCCACAGGCGGCGCACUGCGCGCCCCCGUCACGACCCAGGAGUCGGAAUUUAAGCGCGGCCUCGAGCGGCAGCACGGUCAAGGACGUCAGGACCGGUGACGGGGCGGAGGAAGACUCUAAUUUGAUGCCCGUCGGAGCGCCAUUGGGGGCCAAAGUGGAGAGAGAAGAGCAGCUGUCGGAGGGGGAGCAUGGGAAAGGGAGGCAGGUGAGUGGUGGGAGCGCUGGGUUUGAAGCAGCCGCCUAUAAUCCAACCCAAACGCAGGCUGGACAGGCUUGCAGUGUGAAAACAGGUGCCCCUCAUACGCAAUCAAAAGAGACAGCAGUCCCAGAGGCUAAAACAAAAGAAGCAAACAUUCCUUCAUCAGCAGCCUCUCCAUCCUCUGAGGGUGGCCUCACCUUACACUCAGCGCCUCCAGUUUCCUCGUCCUCUUCCUCCUCAAACAACCCUCCUGCCAUAACGCAGAACUGUGUCCCAGAAACUGGUCUGGCGUACAACGACCACAGAGGUGGGGAAGUUAAAAAGGAAAGUGAAGCAGCAGCUGGGAAAACACAGAAGGUCAGCAGCCAAAUGCAACAAGACGGAGCGAGUGCAAAAAAUGGCCAGGAGAAGGAAAGUAUGUUGCACUCUGAAUCCCAGUCGCACAGUAACAAGGAGAAAGAAAAACAGGCCUCGGAGGAGCAACAGAUUGUCAGCAGCGUUGGUGUGAUCGUUUCAAGUCACACUGACAAAAGUAAGCAUCCCCAAGACAACUGUGUUGAAGAGAAAAUGUCACUCUCUUAUUCAAAAGAGGCAAGCAGUCAUAAUGGGGAGGAGGGUGUAGAUCUCAGCCUGUAUUCGGCCCAUCAUCAAAAGUCCAACAGUGGGAGGUCUCAGAAUCCUCCUCAGCCUGCUGCACAUAAAUACAGCUACCCAGAAUCAACAUAUGGCUCAGAUUUGUCCAUGAAAAACAGAGCGAGAGCCGGCUCAGCGUCUGUAAUGGAAACAAACCCCAGAUACUUUGGGUACCAGCACUCGCAAACCGCUUACGGUCCCGUGCCUCUGAAAGACGGAUCUGGCUCCGUGGCCGAGGCCCUCGUGAAGAGAGGUCACGGGGGAGGGUCGAAAGCGCAGGAGGACAACUCCCAGAUGCAGCAGUUCCCGAGUCUCCUGCAAGAAGUUCUCCAGGGCUACAAUUUAGACAGACGCUACGGCAGACCAGAGCAGACGUUCCCUGCACGCCAUCAAGCGCCCCAGCAGUUUCCAGCCAGACAUUCGCUCGGCUUGACCGAGGGUGCACGGAUGCAAGGCGGAGUUCCUGAGGGUUCAAAUUAUUCAGCUCAUAUCGGAAAGCCUGCCAAUCAGAAACACGCAAGUGAGCCUGAUUUUGCCUCAGAUAUGCAGCCCUUAGUAAAGUCAGAAGUCUCCAAUCCUAAGAUUGUGCAAAAUGCUGAAAAACCUGAUAGUGGUGUGUCCCAGAGCCUUUUAACACAGGCUGCAGAGUCUCAGCAACCCCCAGCUAAACACAUCAGCUUAUCUGACUACUCUGUGCCGCAGAGAAAGCCAUUAUCUAACGUACAGGAGCUCCUUCUGCAAGAGCCUGAGCCGUUGACUCUGAUUUCUCAAUCCGAAUCUCAGAAACAGUCGGGCUCCACGUUGGCGGCAUCGGAGCGGCGAUCUGUCAUCUGCGACGUGUCACCGAACCGACGGGGCACGCCCGAGCGCGAAAGGGAGGCGGAAAGGGAAAAGGAACGGGAGAAAAGUCAGAGUGGAGCCUCGGUGAUUCAGAAACCCUUUUUCUCCCCGGCAGCACCCAGCGACCUCAGUAAAAAGGAUGUCGGUGAAAAACAAGUGAAGACAGAAGUCGUGUCUAAAGAGUCUGGAAACUCGCAAACCGAGAACCACGGCGGUGAAUACGAGGCGGAUUAUCAUUCCAAAAAUUCUCAUCUGUCAGCUGGAGUGAGUGCUGACCCCUACCGGCGAGGCGCCGUCGAUGUAGCUCCUGUUACCCCCCGCCCUGUGAGCAUGACUGCUUUGUCCUCACCAGCAAGGCAUCACUCGUACCUCCAUGGAGUCGACCUGUCAUCUGCCAGCGGCGGCACGUUUCCCGGAUAUCGAUACGGAGACUCGAGAGAAGACAACGUGAUGUCCCGUUCUAAUCUCCAUUAUCCCUUCCACCAUUUACCUCCUCAGUCUCAAUCCAGCACUAAGCUUCAAAUGUAUCCACACCCCCGUGGCCCCCCUCAUCCCCCUCAUGACAUGGGCGAGUGGGUAAAGGCCAUAAACAGGCCUCCCAAAGAGAUGAUGAUGCAGCAGGGAGCCUCUCCUGGAAGACACAAGGUCAACCAAUCAGAGCAGAGACAGCGACUGAUCCCACCGGCUGACAUGCAAGUUGAACACCCGAGCAAAGCCCAGCCAGUGCACCAUCCAAACCCUUACUAUGAUAUGAAAAUGUGGGAGUCGACGCACCCCGCAAGAGAGGGCGCUCGGAUGAUGGAGGGAGACGCCUACUAUAGGGCACAACCUCCUCUUCCUGCCCCUCCUCCCGUCGCAUCACACAGCCACGUUUCGACGCAGAUGGCUCACGGCCACGGUGCCGUCAAACUCGAACCCUCCAGAGGAGCCCCGGAAGAGACCAAACACCCUUGCCCACCCCCUCCGCCCGUCUCCUCUAAGCCUCCUGCAGAAACAAACGCCACUCAACCACAGGCGCCGCGUCUGACAAAAGCCGGAGGCUCCGGAGACACAAACCCUCUGAUGUUAAGAAGACGGGUUCGCUCUUUCAUCUCUCCCAUUCCUGCAAAACGACUGCUCCAGGACGCAGCCCAGCAGAGGGCCGCCACAAACUCUCAUCACUCUCCCGGAGCUCAGUCGGAGCCCGGCCAUCACAAUGACGACGACUCGUCCAGCGCAGAAAUGCCGUGCCCGCGACUCUCCUCCCCGCAGCCGGGCGAGAACGCCUUCAUACAGCCGCUGUCUCCGUCAGGCGGCAACACCAAGGUUUUGGCCGCCAGAAAAGGACGAGGCCUGAAACUGGAGGCAAUAGUGCAGAAAAUCACCCCAAAUAUUAAAAAGCCGGCAGCCCCCACCAACGACGACUCAAAUCAUUACCCCGGUUUCUUGCACUCAGAACUACCAACAUUUAAUGAGUCACAGGACCAAGACUUGGCACAUUUCCCCAGGGUUGCAGGAGGCGAGGAUAGUUACAUGGAUGAAAGUUCCUCAUUGAAUAACAUGAUUCCUUUCCGAGGCGUUGAUGAAACCGGGCCUUUGCCGCCACCUUCCUUCCCCUGUGACUCCCAUCAGACGUCUCAAAUCAAGCAGCAAGAUUUUGACUUCGGGUUGGGGGCCUCUGUGGCGUCUGCAUCCGGCGACAAGGAAGACUUUGCCUUGCUCGGCCCGUUACCUCCUCCCCCUCCUCUUCCCCGCCCGGUCCAGGGUUCUCCGCCUCCAUCUUCGUCCGCCCUGUCAGACAUUCAGCAUUUCACAAACACUUACCAGCAGCUCGAGACUCGAAGGGGCGAGCAUUCUGCUGCUAACCUCCUUCGACAGAAACUGCAAGAAUCCGGCAUGGGAUUUGAUGAUUACCCUGGCAGCGACUACUACGGGACCACCCCGCCCCACCAAGGCCACAUGCUGAACAGACAACAUCAGAUGUCCUCUGGACGGUCCAGCCUGUCGCCGACAGACUCAAAGCCGUUGGAGAAUGUCGUGCCCAAGGGCUAUUUCCCAUCUGGCAAGAAGAAGGGCAGGCCCGUUGGAAGCGUGAAUAAGCAGAAACGGGCUCAAACCCAAGUCCCGGUGCAGGCCCAGGCUCAAGUCCAACCGCAGAACACAGCUCUAAGUGUUCCCCCGGCUCCGACCACUCCGACCCCCCCAACCCCGGCACCCGCCUCCACCCCGCCAGCGGCAGAACCUCCCAGCAUCACGUCAACGCCCACUGCGCCCCCUCUGUCCGAUAAUGCGAGCACUCCCCCGUUAGCCCCCCCUGUUCUGACCCAGGCGGUGAAACCCGACGUCGAGAGCGAGGACACACAGCCGGAGAUCGAGACGAAGCAGGUGCGCCGCAGACGCCGAGGUGCAAAGGUUGACGGCGAGCCGCUGGAAGCCAGGGGGCGGCAGAGGAGGAGGAGGAGAGCGCCGGUAGCGGCCGCGCCCCCGGUGUCUAAAGACGAGCCGGAGGCCCCCCUGGGGGCAGCGGGGAGUUUGAGCGCAAACAGAGGCUGCGCAGAUCCAAGCAGAAAAGGCCUGUUCAUCCCUCACAUACACGUGGAGAAAAAAAUCCCUGAGAUCGGAGCGGUGUGCACCAUUGUGAACGCCGAGGAUGACAGGAUGAAGGGAGAGCGCAGUGCAGCAGGGGGGAAAGCGGCGGCGGCGGCAGCAGCAGGAGGAGGUGGAAUUGAUUCGCUCCUGACCUCAGCUCUUUCCUCGCAGUUAUCUCGGAGAGACAGAGAGCUGGAGAAAAGGGAGACGGAUGAGGUGGAAACCGCGCUCCAGUCGGGCAAAGCACUUCCUUCAUCUGGCUAUGUUGUUACAGGGCCAGUGAUCACAGAGACCAAUCACUCCGGCCGCCUGUUGUGCUGCCUGUGUCAGAAAUGGGCAAACUACAAACACCUCGGCGAUCUCUACGGGCCGUACUAUCCGGCCGAAUACGCCGCUAAGCUCCCCAAGAACCAGCCCCAGAUCAGGCAGUGUCAGGCCGCCACGGGCCCAAACAAAACCGGACCAAACUCAGACACGGACGCUCUGGCUGCGCUCCAAGUCCCUCAAACACGGCUCGCUCAUUUCAACAAGCCCUCAUCUGAGACCGACAGCUCCAGCUCCAACCCAUCAGAAAGAACUGCCUCCACAGCUGCGACCGAGGAGACGACGACCAUGAUGACGCACGGCAACACCCCUAACCCUCCUAAAACACCUCUGACCUGGGAUAAAAACCCUGAUAUGCGGCCUAUCCCUGAGCUUAAGAGAGAGCCAGACCUGGAAAGCGACCGGCAGCAGCAGCAGCAGCAGGCACCGAAGCAGCCGCAGCAGCUGACGGAGGACACUCAGCAGCGACCUCAGCACAGAAAGCUGACCUCCCAUCCCCGCUUUAAAAGGCGGCACAAGUCCAGCGAGGACUCCCCCAGGAUGGUGCCAUCCAACAGCAAGGCGUCCCUGCCCUUCCAGCCCCCGCCGCCUGCCUUGGACUCCCUGGGACCCUUGGCACAACUCGCACAGCUGCCACUGAUGCCCAUGGACCCCGAGGAGCUGUGGGUGCACGAAGGAUGUAUCGUGUGGACGAGUGGAGUGUACCUGGUCAACGGGAGACUGUACGGCCUGCAGGAGGCACUAGAUGGCGCCAGAGAGACGAGCUGCUCGUUCUGCGAGAUGGUGGGCUCGACGCUGGGCUGCUACAGCAAAGGCUGCACGCUGCGCUACCACUACAUGUGUGCUAUUGAAGCAGACUGUUCUCUGAAUGAAGAUAACUUCUCGCUGAGGUGUCCGAAGCACAAGGUAAAGAAGGAGAGUUUACCCAGAGCAUCCGGCCAGCCAAGUCAGUGUAUGUGGAGCAGUCCGAGAGAGGCUGAGGGCAGCUGGGACAAAGAAGAGCCGGAUUUGGCGAGCUCUCGAAAUCAGGGUGUACCCACUUCUCGACAAAUGACCAUUGGAGAUAGGCAACAGCCCCACCCCCACAAUCCUGCAUGGCAGGCGGGUAUAGACAAUGGGGUACCUCGGACAGUAAGACUUUGGAGAACAUGUAAAGAGACUGGACCGGGAUUGAUCGAGGAGAACGACUAAAGGGAAUGUACGAUUUCUCAAACUGAAUCAGCAUUACUUAACAUUUAAAGGACAACAGAGAAAAAGAAACAUUUUUUUUUUGCCAGAAUCAUCGCUCUUUUCUGAAAAAGCAGGAACAAAGAAACGACACAGAGGAACCUAGCUGAGAGGAAAAAGAAGAAAAAAAAAACCUCAGAGAAACUACAGUGAUCAAAGCGGGACGAAAUCAACACUGACGGAGGAAUUAAAGCGGCUUUGUUGUAAAGAACGAGAGAGACAAACUUCUUCUCCAGGCUUGCUUUGAUUUUCCAGACAACCUUAACGUGUUUAACUCUUGGUUAUCAUUUUCUGCAUCAUCCUUACCUUUUUGCCAGUUGUUUGCUUUGAGGCGCUGUUGUGGGAGUUGGUUGGGUGUCGAACCUGGAAAGUAAACUGGGAGAGUUGGGGUCAUUUUUACCAGUUAGUAUUUUAUGUUGCGGUAUUAGGAUGAUCACAGUUAUCGCUUUAGUCCUCAUUAUUUUGUAUUCUCAUCAGUAUUUACUUACGACAAUGAAACGGAUGUAUCCCACUUUAUAUUCAAUCAACACCUGAGUUGGAUUUUUUUUUAUAUACUCUUCUGUCCCCAUUCCUGGAGAAGGAAGAGUCUGAUGUCUGGAAUGUCAGGGUCGAGUUUGCCACAAAGACAUUAUUGCCUUGGAGAAUGGACAUCUGUUGCCUUUAAAAAAAAUACAAAACAGGAAAAAAACAAGUUGUGAAUGAAUGAAGAACAAGAGUGAUUGUGUGUGUGUGCGUGCGUGUGCGAGAGGAAAAAAUGCCCAAACCUGGGUCUUUGAUUCCAUUUUUUUGGUCCUUUUGGAAAAGUGUUCUUAUUUUUCAUCACAGGGGUUUUUACGGUACAGAUAGUAUUCAUUAAAAAAAAAAAAAAUCAGAUGGACAGUCUUAUUUUUCAAGAACAAAAACGUUCAUAAUGUGCAAAGAGAAAGACUUGUAAGAGGAGGAGAUAACACUAUGGACUGAUUGCUCGUUUGCCAUCUUUAGCCAGAAGACGGACGGACGGAAGGACAGGGCACCGAGGAGCGUUGGUGAGACGUUUUGGUUCAAACGGCUCGCGUCAGUGCUGCAGACGGAGCCGGAGCAGAACCUAGGAGACGCUGCUGCGUCGAGUGGCCAUCUGUCCUGGCCGAACAUCAAGUGAGCCUGACCAAGUACUUUUCGAGAGGUUUCCUACUUCAGUGAAGCAGCGGCAAAUGAAUCGGAAGACGCAAAAUCCAUUGCCAUCAGAUUUCAAAGUGAAUCAUACAUGGUGUUGUCUUUAUUACUUUUUAUUGUUAUUCUUGUACAAAAAAAAAAAGGUCAAACUGAAAGACGGUUACACUAUCAGAAAAACCACGCUGUAUUAGAAACCUGUCAAUAUGUAUAUGAAUUAUGAAUACACUUAAAAAUGCUUCAA